UUACUUGAGUUAAUUGUGAACUAGUUUUAAUUAUUUUCUAAUGCUGUAAUUUUUGAAAAUUAAAAUUAAUCUUUUUAGAUUUGAAAUCUUUUGACAGUUUUGACAGCUGAUUAGCUCAUGUUCCUACCUUAACUGACUCACUAAAAAUUGUCUUUGGUGGGAGAACGUGUCAUUUGCUGCAGGAAGGGCCUGUGUUCAACAAGAUCUUUUUGACUUGAGGUGACUUAACGGACCAUGUUAUCAUUUCAGUAUGAAAUGUAUAUGAUCGAACGAAAUGCUGAGAGAACGGCUUCAGCAGGAAGAAUCCUUUAUGACAUGUUUGUAAAUUUUCCUGAUCAGCCAAUGGUUUGGAGAGAAAUAAGUGUUAUUACAGCUGCACUGCGUAAUGAUGCUCAGGACAAGCAGACACAGUUUUUGCGAGGGUUGUUCGAGACCCUUCCAGGUCGAGUGCAAUGUGAAAUGCUCCUUAAAGCAACAGAACAGUGCUUCAACACAUUGGAGAGAGCAGAGAUGUUGCUGCUACUCUUGAGAAGGUUUCCAGAGUCUGUGGUACAGCAUGGAGUCAGCCUUGGUGAAACUUUAUUGGAAGCUGAAAAUAUGGAUGAUCAAGAAUCGCCCGUCAACUGCUUUAGGAAGUUAUUUGUAUGUGAUGUUCUACCUCUAAUUAUUAAUAAUCCUGAAGUGAGAUUACCUUCUAACCUGCUGUAUCAGUAUCUUCAUAAGGCAGCAGAGUUCUAUAUUGGUUAUGUUACUAGAUCACCUUCAUUGGAAAGCCAGCAUCAAGGUACCCAAGACACAGCUGAUUUAAAGUCACCCACUAAGCGGAACACCCAGAAAUAUAUUAUAGAAGGUCUGACUGAGAAGUCAUCCAUGAUAGUAGAACCUUGGGAUAGGUUAUUUGAAAUCCUUUCUAUUGUGGCAAUGAGGUGUGAGUGGCAGAUGGACAAAGCAAACAGGAGUUGUGGUGAAAUUCUGCACAGAAUGAAAGAUUUAUGCAGAUAUAUAAACAACUUUGAUGACGAAGGACACAGGAAAUAUAAGCAUCAAGUUGUUUACUCUACUCUAUUGGUAUUUUUCAAGAAUGCAUUCCAAUAUGUUGCUAGUAUCCAGCCAUCUCUGUUUCAAGCACCAAGCCCUUCCAGCAGCCAAGUUCCUCUUAUUUUAUUGGAUGACCUGUCAAAUAUCUAUGGUGAUGUGGAAAUCGAACGCAGUAAACAUAUACACAAGAGGCGUAAACUUGGAGACGCGAGAGAGAAAACCCUGAGUUCAGAUGAUGAAGAAUGUUCUGGAAAAGUGCGUAACCGUCACAUUCUUGUCAAUAAAAUAGAGCUGCCAAAUUCAAUAGAUGUGCUUGAGAGCUUUAAAAUAGCAAGAGAAAGUUGGGAAUUGCUUCAUUCCCAAGAGGCUUUGGAAAAAGAAGUCACUCGCAUCUGCAUAUCCUGGAAGACUGAAACCUGGCUAUGGCUAAGAAUAUUUAUCACUGACAUGAUUAUAUACCAGGGUCAGUACAGAAAGGCAAUAAACAGUCUUCAUCAGUUGGGAGCUCUUCAAGGAGUUCAGCAGCAUGUCGUGAGUCAGGGUACACUUGAACAGCAGAGGGCAUUAAUCCAAAUGGCUGCCUGUCACUUUGCUUUGGGAGAAUACAGAAUGACAUGUGAUAAAGUGUUGGAUGUUAUGUGCAGUGUCGUUCCAUGUGCACAGGAUGUGGUGAAAGUACAGGAGGAAAUUCCAAAAGUGAAACCUAGAUUCAGAAGAGGUUUGGAUCUUAAACUCCUGCCAUGUACCAGUAAAACCAUGAUGCCAUAUUGCCUUCAGUUAAUGCUGGCUUGCUUUAAGCUGCGAGCCUUUACAGACAUACGAGAUGAUCUAGCUUUAGGUCAUGUGAUUGUACUGCUACAACUGGACUGGCCUCGAGGAGAGAACCUUUUCCUCAAAGCUGUUGACAAAAUCUGUCAACAAGGCUCCUUUCAAUAUGAAAACUUCUUCAAUUACAUCACAAACAUUGAUAUGUUAGAAGAAUUUGCUUAUCUAAGAACUGCAGAGGGUGGUAAAAUUCAUCUUGAGCUAUUGCCAAAUCAAGGUCUUCUAAUAAAGAAUUCUAGCCCUCCACUGGGGGUACUUCCACAGGAGUUCAAACUGCAGCCCAGCAGUCAGACAGCUGACAGACAUCAUACCAUAACCCGAGGUAUUACAAAAGGAGUAAAGGAGGAUUUCCGGCUAGCAAUGGAGCGACAGGUUUCUCGCUGUGGAGAAAACCUGAUGGCUGUGUUACAUAGAUUUUGUAUUUCUGAGAAGAUCAUAUUACUCCAAACCUUGAUGUGAGAAGUAAAAUCAAACUCUCUCUUAGGAUAUAUGGAUGGUUAUAUCAAUCUGUCUUGUGCGUGAAUCGACUUAUCCAUCUGAUCAGGACUCAAGCAAAGACUGGAAAGAACAUUUUACUUCUAACUGCAUUAAUAUCACCAACAUAUUAGUUUGGAAUAAUUUAUUUUAGUCUUGUUCCAUCCUCAGUAGAGUGUACUCAACAUUUGUUGCAUUGGAAUGUGAAGUUGUAGCAGUUGAUUGAAAUAAUAUACAUUGAAAUUACAGGUUCAAAUCUUUAGUGAUCUACCUUAAGCUAGGCCCAGAGACAUAAGACAGGUAUGUAUUUGACCAAAAUGUUAUCAGAAUAUGUAGCUGUUGCAACCUCUUGAAGCAAGUUUCUAAAAUUAAAAUGGUGUUGAUUUUGAAAACCAUUUUGAGGGGUAAUUAAAAAAAUUGAAAUGAAGAUUUGCUGUGGUGAAGGAGGAAUGUUAAUCUUAUUUGAAAAAUUGGAACACUCCAUUUCGGCAGGUCCAAACCUGAAAACAAGGGCUAAAGUCUAAACCAGUGGUUUAAGCCUCCAGCAUUACAUUUUAUUUCCAGAUUUGUAUGUAUUCAAUUAAUUUUAGUAUGGUAUAUUCUGUUUAAUUGCCUUAACUGCUAAAACUGGAUGCCCAGUCUCAGUAGAACAGUGGCUUGUUACGAUGUGAAUUUAAAAUGCAAAACAGAAAUUAU